GAGCCACAACGCUCGCGUAAGUACGCGACAUACAAGUAGUUCCUGGCGUCUAGGCAAUUGGACUAACAAUAAGUCCUUGGAAUUUGUUUUUACUUGUGAAUUUAUUAUUGUGUAGGUGGUGUGAACGUUUUGUCGGUUAUCGGUGGAUAUUUUUGGAUUCUACGGGAGAUUUUUCGAGUGACUUGGACGCCGACGAACCCUCUGGGAAUCUCACGACACAGGGAAGACGCUAUCAACAUCGAACCCUGGGUGGAUUUUUCAGAAGUUCACGUGGUCCCCGUAAAAAAUGUAGAAUCCCCCCUCAGCGUCGUCGCUAGGUACGGCCCUGUCUACCGGCGGCGGAGUGAUAUUCUCAGAAUUGGCGUCGGUAUUUCGUGGGGGCCCUCAGCUGUUUCCCGCCAAAGAUCGCCAUUACAAAACGCGUUCGGGCGUUGUGUUGUGCGCCGCCGGAGUGGCUCUCCCCGUGGCUAAAUAAUCUCACUUGUGCCCUGUUAAGUAUCAAACAGUGCUUUUUGUAUAAGAAGAAAAAAAAAACAAAAAUCGGAAGGAUACUGGUUAUUUUUCCGUUAAAAUUUUUAUUUUCUCCAUUUUACAAAUUUAUUAAAUCGUGAGGUGGGGUUUAUCAAAGUGAACAAACGGGUGGUGUUGUGCGGCGCUUCCUGGCGCCCUGAGGGCACGCCAAUACAGAUCAAUUCGCAGUAAUUGACCCCCAACGGAUUAUUGAAAUAAAAAUAUCGUGUGUGAAGACAAAACAUUAAAAUUAUUCGUGAAAAAAUUAUGAAAAUUAAUGGGGAAAAUUCAGUUAAAAAAGUACAGUUUAUUUGAAAAUCAACAAAAAUUAAUAAAUAAUUAAGUGAUUUGAUUGAAGUGAAUUGACUGGACACGAGUGAAAAACAAAUAAUUUUUUUAUAAUUGCACAGUUGAGAAGCAGAACUGUUUGGGAUCUUUUUUUUCUUCAAUCCUGUGCUUCACAAAUAUUCUAAGCGUUAUCCGGUGGUUUAUUGUUUAAUUAUUAUUAUCAAAUAAAACAUUAAUUCGUCAACGACGAAAAGUGAAACUCAGUGACAAGUGGGUGAGGAACAACGAGAUAUGUCAGUGUUUGGUGGUGACGAACGGAUUGUGAUCGAGGAAAUUGUCGAGACAACCGAAGACCAGGAGACUGAGUUUUUCGGUACUGAAGAGUUGGAGGAGAGUGGUCUCGCAACAGUGGCACUCUUGGAGAUUGCAGACGGCCAGGAGCAAGAUCCACUCUCUGAUUUGGAUGUACAAGAGCCCAACGAAAUCCAGGAAUCCGACAGAGUGACACUUAGAUCCGGUAGAAACGUAGGUGGUAGCCGUGGAGCUGGCCAGAAUAAUUCAUUUGGCAGUGGCGCCAGUAGUGAUACGAGCAACGUUGGUAGAGUAACACAGCGUACACAUAUGGAGCAAGAGAAACGAAUAAGGCGAGAAAUCGCCAAUAGCAACGAGAGACGACGUAUGCAGAGUAUCAACGCUGGAUUUCAAUCAUUGAGGACACUACUGCCACGUCAUGAGGGGGAGAAACUGUCUAAGGCGGCAAUUCUGCAGCAAACAGCUGAAUACAUCUACCAACUGGAGCAGGAAAAAACUCAGCUCCUUUCCCAAAACUGUCAGCUUAAAAGACUGGUGAAUCAGCACGAGGGAGGGGACGUGCCGAUUAAAAAACGCAAAGCCGAGAGUCAAGGAGUCGUUGUAAGUCUCCCAAUCCACGUAAGCGAGAGUGGAGACGAAGGACUAGGUAGUAUGUCACCCGAGCCCCUCUCUGUAAUCACAGUAUCAUCCGAUAAUCACUCAGUAGUUAACAAUAACAACAGUAGUGAGCUUGUCGAGUUGAGACGACAGUUGGAGAGAGAGCGCCAUCAAAGGCUACACCUGGAGAAGCAGAUGCGGGCUAUCCAGGCACAAGUUUAUCCAGACAGAUUCCGUGACAAUCAAGUCAUGACUUAUCAGCCGCACGAGGUCAUUGAACACACUGACAACGUUCUUGCCCAAGAAACGGAAGAGGCCGUGACCGCCCUCCAGGUGGUCUCAGUGAUGUCAAUACCAGCGGUGGGUUCGACGCAAACCGUUGAAACAACCACCGAAGAUCCAACAUCACCACCCUUGUCACCCCAGCCAGUUGAAUUAUUAAAUGAGGAGGGUAAGGAUGAGGAGGUACGUCCGGGAAGUCCAAAAAUCGUCACAUUCGCCGCCAACAAUCAGAUAUUCACAGCGACAAUUGAGGAAGGGAGCAAUACAGAAGCAUUUUCACCUUCGAGAGUGACGUAUGCUGGUGAAUUCAAAAAUACGGGGGCUCAGUUUAUUGCAGCGAGCCCGAUGAGACCCUUCUCGCCCGCUGCUGAGCCCAUUUUACCUAGUGUUCUUGAAGCGGCAAUGAAGGCUGAACCUAAGGUCGAGGUUGAAAGAUUGCCAUCGCCCUCAAGUUCCCUCGAGGACGGUACGCCCCAAGCGCGCGGCUACCUCACCAACACCUCGCGCCAGAAUUUAGAGACAAUUGUCGAGGCAAUUCGUCACCUAGAAGGUGAUAAUCUCUUUGGCGAUGAGCCGGCCCAGGACGCACCGUUGGCCCUCACCAACAAACCAACAGGUGCCACCGCCAACUUCCCCAAACAACGACUUCUCCAUGCAGACGUCAACUUCCCCCACCUCCAUACCAAUCAGCCCAACCAGCAGCGACCCGGUGUCAUCGUUGUCAAGCACUCGUGAUCAGCCACAUCAAAACCCGCGUCAACAGCUCCAUAAACACCAACAGAUAAGCAAGAAACAACAGCAAAAAAUAUAACUUAAACGAGUAAAAAAAAUCGAGAAAAAAACGAAAUUUUCACUUUUCUUCGAUGAAAAAAAAUUGUCUUCGGUAAUCAAUUCCUUGAUUAGUCGAAUGGAUAAUUAGAUGAUGGAUUGAUUGCGAAUUGAGAACAUUUGAAUGUGCCUGGAGGUGCCAGCGGGUAGAAAAGAAACGAGAGUGAUGUAAGAUAAAACUGAAAAAUCGAAAUGAAAUUCAAUAUUUCAACUUUUUUAUGUAAAUAUCGUAUGUUUUUUUUUGUUCUCAUGCACUUUUAUGACAGAUUAUUCGUCGAUGUAACGAGCCUAUUCAUGAAUUAUGAAUAAUGAAGCAGAGUUUCAAGACAAUUGUACUCAAUUGUGUUGAAAACAAGAGGAAAAAAAUGUUUUUUAAGAUUAAUAAACAGAAAUUGAGGCUCUCAAGUGCGUAAAUAACCCACAAUGAAUAUUCCUAGCUUAAGUACGUACGCUGUAUUAUAAUAUAUUUACGUUUUCUUUUUUUUUUUCUUUUUUUACGAUUGUUAAAACAUAAACUAAAAGAUGAUGAAUAAAAAUGCAUUGGAUGAGUUUAAUUGAUUUAAAAUGAAUAUUGUAUGUUUCUCAAUGUCUCCUGUGUCAUUGUUAUAUCGUACAGGGAGGGUUUUGAUUGAGAUUACCGGCAUGCUUCAUAUUUGACACACAUUAUUGAAGUUUUUUUCGAAAUUUUUGAGUGAUUCAGGCGAUUUAGUCAGUGGUGAAGGGGUGAAAUAAUGCAAAAUCGAAGGUACGAAAAAAAGAUUAUCUCUGGAAUUAUCAGAAGUGUCAUGGAACAUUUUUUCUGAAGAAUUUAACCUACAAAAAAUGUCUAGAUACAUUUCUCGAUCGAACCUCUCGAGAUAAUCAAGUCAUAACGAAGAGAGAAUUGCAAUUUCACCGCCGAAAUGCGCUCCAUUUUUUAAAUACUGCUUUUUUAUUCUACUCGGUGCAUAUUGGAGAUCUGUUUUAACCUUCGGUUAAUCUGUGCCAAAUAUCGAGUAUUGAGACUUUCCUUCGUAGACGUAGAACUCUCCAUGGGUUAAUCGAUAAAUUGAUAACCACCAUUCGUAUAAGUCACAGAUUUGAUUUUCUUGCUGAUAUUCACUGGAAUUGUUGACUGAAUAUCCCCAAGAAAUCACAUCCCACUAUUUUUCAUGAUCCUGAAUUUUUUUUUUAAUAUUUGACGGUCAUUUCUUUAUAUCGUAAAUAUCCCCAGAGCCAAAAGUCUAGUGACAUUGUCUCUUACAGCGACUCUCUCCCAGGAUAUUCACGAAAUGAAGCCCCAAGUCUAUCGAUUCUCAACUAAUUAUGUAUUGUUCAACUCUCAAUUCUUUUCGCCCUGAUUCAGUGAAAGGAAAAAACAUUAAAUAAUCCUUGGACACCCAUGGAGAGACCCCCUGAAUGAUGAUGGAAUAUAUGUGCGAUAACUCUUGACUAAACAACCUCUGCUUUCAGCGAAAAAAAUCGUCUGCACGUGGGGGUUGAAACCGCAAUUUAAAAAAAAAAUUCAACAGUGAUUGAAGGAAAAAUUAUGCAGACAGAUUAGUCACGAGAUAUUAGACCUUGAAAAUAACUGAUUAAUGAUGAAUGAAACCUACAAAAUCCGAAGAAAUGAAACAGGAGGAAGUGAAGAGAACAGAAUAGAACAGAACAAAUCGCACCUAAGUUUAGAUUUCGUAAGAAAUUGUGAGCGGAAUUUGUAAUGCGUGUGAUGAAUUUAUAACUGUAAUGUAUGUAUAUACCCGUAAGUAAAAUUAGUAAUGUGUAGUGACGUUAUCACCUCUGAUUUGUUCACCAGAAUGAGUGGAAGAAAAAUAUGAUGUUGUGAGAAGUUGUUUCGUAUCACGAGGAUUGAGAGACUGAUCUAGGCUAAAUGAAUCAUUAAGGAGUACAUUUUGUCGGGUAUUAUUUCGAUCAUUACUCAUUUAUUCGCCUUGGUCUUAUGAUUAAUUAGUUCGUGAUACGAAGGGACUGAUAAAUAACAUGAAUGAAAAUUUUGAAAGAACAUUUGAUGAAUGAAAUAGAGAGGAAGAAUCCAUUUGAUCAUUUUUUUUAAACAGCCAUUUUCGCUUUUGAAAUAAUCUUCAAAGCCUGAAAGGUCAAAAGGUUGAAGUUCUAAGGGUAAAAAAGGUUUUUGGUGAAAAAGGUCCCCCAAAUAAAGGAUUUAGACGGCAGUUGAACCACCUAAUACAGUUAAAAUGGCCCUUCUUCCCACUUAACCUUCAACCUUUCAAUUCGUAGAAAAAGCGUUUUCUUGAAGUAUCAUUUGAGCCUGAAAACUUAGGUUCAAAAAACCCUUUCUCACUCUUAACCCUAAAGCUCAUCAAGGGUUGUUUGACCUUCAAGAUCAUUUCCUUCUACCCUGACCUUCAGAAUCCUGGAAACAAUCACGAGGGUCAUUUGACUCUAAAAAUAUCUUUAACCCUCCACCGGAAAUAAAAAAAGCAUCCUGAACACCCGUUUCUACUGAAAUCAACAAACAAUGACGAGGUGAAAGCGUCUAGAAUGCAAGCUGAAGGAAUGAACAUUGAAACAUUGACUGAGGUUUAAAGCGAUUUGACACAAAUUGACAUGAAGAAUAGACCUCAAAAUGUCAGUGACUUUUUGCGAAAAUGGAGUAAAGCAAUGAGGGCCUAAUUGAUGAAUUAUUUUAAUGAAUAAUGGCAUUCAAAUUCGGACAUCAAAAUAGAAUUUUUAAAAGCCUUUCUACCUUUCUUAUUAACGAAACGAUUGCGAUAAAUUUUGAAAUGUAUCCAUUCAAUGUCAUUGUUCAUGAAAAUUAUUCAGAAACGAUUCAAGAGUUUUUCCAGACACUUUUGGGGAAUUUCUGUCAUCUCGCCCGUAACCAGUAUACGAAUAUGUAAGGAAAUAAAAUGUUAAACAAAAUUAUCUGCGCAAAAAAUAUUAUAAAAGUGGAAAAAUUUCGAUUGGCCCUUCCAACAUUGUCUCCCUCCAUGCUCUCACCUCUCGCAUUUAAUGACCAAAAUUUUUUGUAUUAAGUUUAUUUAUCAAUUAGGAUUGUUUUAGAAGAUAAUUAGGAGGAAAGAGGAAUCAAUGAAUAGCUUUUCUUGAGGAUGAGAAGUGGAGGCAUUCGGACAAAGAGGAAAGAACCAGUCGAUUUUGUUUCAGAACUUGAAAUUUUUUAUCGUAAAAAAUAGAAGAAAUUAAUGAUCCAGGAUAUUUGAGGGUUAAUGGGUCGAGAAGGAAUAGAAGAUUCGCAACUUUUAAUGUUGCAAAAUUUUUGAGUAUUAGAACGAUGAAAAUAAAUCAAUGAUCGAGUGGUUAAACGUCAGAUAAACUUGUGCUUAUUUUGUUACCAAAUGGAUCGAUAGGUAAAUGUUAAAAAAUAUUUUCUGUUGAAAAUUUAAUUCUCAGCAAAGAAUGUUGUAUGACAUUUUUUCUGUGAUUGAUUUGGGCGUAUCUCCAAUACUGAAGGAUACAUCGAAAAGCUUUAUGAGACAUUUUUGUGGAGAAUCAAAUUUCAAGAAAAAAAAACUCUUGUCAUAUUUAUCGAUCGAUCCACUCAUUAGCGAAAUAAUCACACGUGCAAUUACGUUUCAUCAUUUUUAUACUGGGAUAAUCCCUAGAGUUUAAAAGAAUCAAUAUUUUCCGUUGAUUACAUCGAGGGAUAUCUCGAUAUUUAUGGGGGUUAAAUCGUCACUGAGAGCUUAUACGUAAAUGUAAGAGCUGUGGACUUGAAAUAGAUUAAAUAUAAUAUCAUUAUUUCAUAAUUGUUUUUUUACAUUUGCAUAUUUCGAUUUUUUAAAUCAAUUUUUCACUGAAAAAUCAUCCAUUAUCUUCUAAAUACAAAGAAAAACUUCAUGAUUGAACUGAGGAUUUGAUUAUUUAUUGGAAUAAAUGAGAAAUAAUUUACUUUUUCACCUGAAAUUUUGAUUUAAAAAAAUACGAAAAACGAUAAAGGUCCAUGAAUUCUUAGUGAACGACACCUGAAAGAUGAUAAGCCACCCCAUUAUAUCAAUUUUCCUAUUCAACAUUUUUCAACAAACAUAAACAAACAUUAUAAAAAUAAAUAAAUGAGAAGAAUGAGAAGAUGCGCGUAAUAAUAAAACAACAAAUCCAAACAUUUCUUAUGUAAAAGGUUCCAUAAAAGUUAAUUAUAAAAUUCAUUUUUGUUAAAAAAAAUUGUUUAUUUCUUUGUUUCAUAAUAAUCCGAGACUUCGAAGUUACUAAGUAAUUUCGAAUUUCGUAAUAAAGUAUGUGUGAUGAGCAAUUAGAGAAAAACGAACAUUAAAUCGAGUGGAUGUUUGUGCCAAUGAUGAGUGACAACAAAUAGCGGCAGGUUCCGAACUUUCACAAACUGGAACAGAACUGAGUAGUUUAAAGUGCCGGGUGUGGGAGCAUUAAGAAUAAUUGAUGAACGAAUAAAUAUGAAAAUAGUAAAAAA